GUUGCGCAGGCGCAGGCGCGGGUACCUUGAGGAAGGCCUUGGCGGCGCGGCGGCAGGCCUCGUAGUACUCGAUGUAGGUGAGCAGCUGCCAGCUCUUCUUGUACUUGGAGCCGAUCGCCAGGCAGUGCGAGUACUUGGUGGCAGCGCUCAUGAUCAGCAUCGUGACGAAUGCUCCUUGUGAACCUGGAAAAGUUGAACCACCAAUGGCUCAAGAAAAGAAGGUGGAGGACCCUGAGAAAGGCACGGAUGUCACCCCAGCUCCUCUCAAGCUGUGGAACACUCACUGUGACGGAGAGGUGCUCCUGAGGCUCUCCAGACAUGGGCCAGGCCAUGAGACCCCGAUGACCAUACCCGAGCUCUUUCAGGAGUCUGUUGAGCGAUUUGGCGCGUACCCAGCCCUGGCCUCGAAGAACGGCAAAAAGUGGGACACACUGACAUUCAGCCAGUUCUAUGAAGCGUGCCGCAAGGCAGCCAGAUCUCUGAUCAAGCUCGGCCUGCAGCGCUUCCAUGGCGUCGGCAUCCUGGGCUUUAACUCCAGCGAGUGGGUCAUCGGUGCCAUUGGAGCCAUCUUGGCUGGGGGCCUCUGUGUUGGCAUUUACGCCACCAACUCAGCCGAGGCCUGCCAGUACGUCAUUGGGCAUGCCAGAGUGAACGUUCUGCUGGUGGAGAAUGACCAACAGCUGCAGAAAAUCCUGUCGAUUCCACCGGACAAGAUGGAGCCUGUGAAAGCCAUCGUGCAGUACAAGCAGCCCUUGGGGGAACACGUCAGGAACCUGUACUCAUGGCAUGACUUCAUGGAGCUGGGUAACGCCAUCCCCACCAUGCAGCUGGAUCGUAUCAUCUUGAGCCAGAAGGCCAACCAGUGUGCAGUCCUCAUCUACACCUCGGGCACCACGGGGCACCCCAAAGGGGUGAUGCUGAGCCAUGACAAUAUCACAUGGACCGCAGGGGCCAUGAAGCGCGAGUUGGAUCUGAGCUACGCCUCAGGGAGCCAGGAGAUAAUCGUCAGCUACUUGCCCCUCAGCCACAUUGCAGCCCAGAUGAUGGACAUCUGGAUGCCCUUGAAGGUCGGGGCACUCACUUUCUUUGCUCAACCAGAUGCACUCAGGGGCACCCUGGUAUACACUCUUCAGGAGGUGAAGCCUACUGUCUUCCUGGGGGUGCCCUGUGUCUGGGAGAAGAUGCAGGAGAACAUCAAGGAAAACGUAUCGAGGUCCUCCAGCCUGAGGAAGAAGGCGUUUACCUGGGCGAAGAUACUCGGCCUGAAGACCAACACCAAGCGGAUGCUGGGGAAGCGAGACAUCCCCAUGAACUACCGCAUGGCCAAGGCCCUCGUGUUCGCGAAGGUCAGGACCUCCCUGGGCCUGGACCACUGCCACUCCUUCUACAGUGGGGCCGCGCCCCUCUCCCAGGAUGUCUCGGAGUUCUUCCUCGGUCUGGACAUGCCUAUUGGAGAGAUCUAUGGGAUGACUGAGAGCUCUGGACCCCACUCGGUCUCCAGCAGGACCCUCUAUAGAGUUCUGAGCUGUGGCAAGGUCAUAAAUGGCUGCAAGAACAUGUUGUACCAGCAGAACAAAGAUGGCGUGGGCGAGGUAUGCAUAUGGGGCCGGCACGUCUUCAUGGGCUACCUGGACAGGGAGGACGCCACGCUGGAAAUGCUAGAUGAUGAAGGCUGGCUGCACUCUGGGGACAUGGGCCGCAUGGACAGCCAGGACUUCCUCUACAUCACUGGCCGAAUCAAAGAAAUCCUGAUCACUGCUGGUGGUGAAAAUGUGCCCCCCAUCCCCAUCGAGACCCUGGUGAAAGAGAAGAUCCCCAUCAUCAGCAACGCCGUGCUGGUGGGCGACAAGGCCAAGUUCCUGAGCAUGCUGCUGACGCUGAAGUGUGAGACAGACCGGAGGAACGGAGAGCCCCUGGACAAGCUGAGCCUGGAGGCCAUCAACUUCUGCCGGGCGCUGGGCAGCAUGGCAAACACCGUCUCGGACAUAGUGAAGCUACGAGACCCGCUGGUCUACACAGCCAUCCAGUGUGGCAUAGACAUCGUGAAUCAGGAAGCAAUCUCUGAUGCUCAGAGAAUUCGGAAGUGGACCAUCUUGGAGAAAGAUUUUUCCAUCCAAGGUGGAGAGCUAGGGCCAACAUCAAAACUCCGGAGACGUAUCAUAACCCAGAAAUACAGAAACCAAAUCGAUACCAUGUACUUGUGACUGCUGUGGCAGGAGCUUCCUGGACAUCCUCAUGCCCCCCACAGGUAGACCUCAUCCUCCCAGGGAGCCCCCCGCCGUGUGGAAGAAGCCAGACCCCUGCC